AUGGCCACAUCAGUCACCAUCUCACUGACCCCAGCAGAAAAGCUAUUCCGACAAUGUCUCCUCGACUGCCGGGGCUCAAUGCAAUCCGUGCCUGGGAUGAAAGACCUCGUCCUCCGCUUCACAGGAGGAUGGGUACGGGACAAACUACUCGGCACACAAAGCCACGACAUCGACGUGGCACUAAGCACAAUGACAGGAUGGCAAUUCGGCCUCGCAAUGCAAGAAUUUAUGCGAUCACACGGGUCUUACUACGAACAAGAAGCCGAGCGCCAGGGAAUCCCAUCAGCAGUCAAAGACAUCCACAAGAUCGAAGCGAACCCCGAGAAAUCGAAACAUUUGGAAACGAUUACGACGCGCAUGUUCGGGAUCGAUGUGGACUUCGUCAACCUGCGCAAAGAGGUGUACGACGAGACGUCGCGCAACCCGACCAUGGAAUUCGGCACGCCCGAGGAAGACGCAUUGCGGCGCGACGCCACGGUCAACGCCCUCUUCUACAACUUGGACACACAGCUCGUCGAGGAUUUCACGGGUCGUGGACUCGAGGACAUGAAGCAGAAAAUCAUCCGUACGCCCUUGGCUCCCUAUCAGACGUUCAAGGAUGAUCCACUCCGGGUCUUGCGCUUGAUCCGGUUUGCGUGUCGUUUAGGGUAUGAAAUUGACCAUGAGGCCAGGGAGGCCAUGAAAGACAAAACUAUCCAUGAAGCACUGCGCAUCAAAAUCAGCAGAGAGCGCGUGGGGGUUGAAAUCAAUAAGAUUAUGGAUGGGCCGGAUCCGUACACGGGACUCAAGGAUAUUAAUGAUUUGGGGUUGUAUAAUACGGUCUUUGCGGAUCCCAACAGCAACGAGGAAGACGCGGACUCGAUAGACCCCUCCAAGGCCCUCCGGGCAUAUGAUGGCCUACGACGGAUUUUGGAAACCAAACCAACGCUAUGCUUGAGUCUGCGGCCCAAACAGGAUCAGCGACAAAGUUGGUUCCUGGCCGCAUAUGUGCCCUGGGCGGACUUGGAGUCGGAGUCGUCUGCCGCAAGAGCGUACAACGCGUCGCGCGAGGGCAUCAAAGCCACGAAUUCCAUGAGCAGAGUCCUCAAGGAAUCCAUUGAUCUUCGGCCCGACAUUCUGGUCGUCCUGAAGGCUGUGCAGGAUGACAAAGUGACCCGGUCGCAGGUCGGCAUGCUUCUGCGGCAGUGCAAGGAACACUGGAGAGCUCAUGUCCUCUACUCGCUCCUGUGUGACGUUGCAGAAGAAGGCGAGUUCGCCCAGGUCACGGACCUCUACCAAAAGUUUGUCGGAUAUAUCCACGACCAGAAGCUCGAAGACGCUUACUUGAUGGCGCCGAUCCUCAAAGGCAACGAAAUCACCCAGGCCCUGGGCGGGCCGAAGGGCGGUCCGUGGCUGAAACGCGCUGUUGAUCUGCUUGCUGAAUGGCAGUUCAGCCAUCCGGAAGCCACCAAAGAAGAAGCCGUGGACAUGAUUGUCAGCAAAAAAGACGAGCUGAAUAUUACGGAACCAGUCACGCCCAGUAAUAAGAAGUCAAAGACCAAAAAAUCAUCAUGA